AUGUCAGACUCCGAGAAACCAGCUGUCGUCUGUGUAUUCUGUGGCUCCGUGUCAGGAAACAGCCCAGUGCACAUGGAAGCUGCCCGAAGCCUUGCCGAAGAAUUCCACAAGAACAAUGUCCAGCUAGUCUACGGCGGUGGCACAACAGGACUCAUGGGCGAAGUCGCCCGGGUUCUAGUCUCACUUUCAGGCCCCAAAGCCGUCCACGGCAUCAUCCCCCGCGCACUCGUCAAAGUCGCCACAGUCAACGGCAUGCGCGAACACCAGGGCACCGCCGGCUCGACGGCCGCCGGUAAAGCCGCAGAGCGGGUCGUUGACACAGUCGAGGCAGAGGGCAUCCCCGAGUCCGAGUAUGGUGUCACGACUAUCGUGCCUGAUAUGCAUACUCGGAAACGUCUGAUGGCUACAAAGGUGCUGGAAGGUGGCCCUGGAUCUGGAUUCGUUUCCUUGGCUGGUGGUUUCGGGACGAUUGAGGAGGUUAUGGAGAUGACCACUUGGAAUCAACUUGGUAUUCACAAGGUUGGGGUUGUGUUGCUUAACAUCAAUGGGUACUGGGAUGGUCUUCUUGCGUGGGUUCGCAAUGCUGUCAAGGAGGGGUACAUCAGUGCUGAGAAUGGGGAGAUUCUGGCUGAGGCCAAGGAGGUUAGCGAGGUUUGGCCGAAGCUGUUGGCCUAUCGGGCUAGCAACGGACGGAUGCAGCUGGAUUGGGGUCAGGAGUAA